AUGCUGGGGCAGGGUUUGGUCGAUGUCUUCUUUGAAGAUGGUUUGAAUUGGGAAGCAGAUCUGUUAGAAGACACUAGAUUCGUUAUGGUGGAGACGACUGCUUACUUUGAAGCUUACCGUCAUGUCCUCAAGGGCCUCCAGGAAAUAGAGGAAGGACAAUUUCCUUUUGAGAAGUACAUCAUUGCAUGUGAGAAUGAGGUGUCACCACCGAAAUAUCUCCGAAAUAGGCGAACUGUGCAGUUUGAUCUUCGACCUCUUGUAGACGAAAAUAUCGUAAUCCGGGAGGAUGAGGCUCUGAGAAGGCAACGGAGGAUUGUGAAUUAUCAAUUCAGUGCAGAGUCGCGAUGUGCUGAAAGUGUGGAAAUUCUCAAUCUUAGGAGCUGGCCAAGGCCAGACCAGCUGCACCUCGAUCAGUCUCAGUACGAAGCGCUACAGACGGCGUUAACAAAGGAAUUUGUCGUGACACAAGGCCCCCCAGGAACUGGAAAGACGUACGUUGGGCUAAAAAUAGUGAAAGCUUUACUUCACAAUGCUAGCAUAUGGAAUUCUGGACAUCAGUCCCCGAUGUUGAUUGUUUGCUACACAAAUCAUGCACUUGACCAGUUUCUGGAAGGCAUUGAUUCAUUUUUCAAAGGAAAUAUAAUCAGAGUUGGGGGUCGUGCCGGUGAGGAUAUGGCAAAGCACUCGCUAAAGGUGAAGAAACAAGCGCUUAGAAAAUUACAGGAUAUGAGACAAAUUGCUGGAGUUCGCUUUAAUUGCACUAAAAGCAUGAUGGAGGUAAAGUUGGAGAUAGAACGCAGUGGGGCUCAGAUGGAAGCAUCAGAGAGGGAAAUUCUUCAUGAGGACAUGCUGCGACCUUUUAUGGACAACUGUUACGACCAGAUGACGUGUGUCGAGUUGCCACAGCAGCAAGAAAUACCAUCCAUGAUGGUCGAGUGGCUUGGUUUGGAACAGAUGCUUGGAGAGACUCAGGUGGCAGUACAACAGGGUCGGGAAGAUGAUAAUCUGCAUGAUAAACAAGAAGAUGAAAUUGCUUUAUCAAAAAGGAUCUGUAAUGCUAGUGUCAGACUGUCAACUGUCACGACGAAGUUCGUCAACCCGACGAUUGUGUUGACGACAAUGCCCGUGCAUGAAUCGUCACUGCUCACCUCCAGCAACACAACAUCGGUUGAAUGCCAUGGUCAGCAAUGA